UCUCUUUUUGUCAUCUACCUUGCGCGUGGCCGCGUUAUACUCAACCCCUUCAACGAUGCUCGCCUCUAGGUCUUUGACGGGCCUUGCUCGUGGCGCCACGCUCAGAUACUCUUUCCGAUCCUUACGCUCGUAUGCUUCAUCAGCACCACCUACAGCUGCAUUUGCAGGCAAAAAAGGACCUGAUGGUAAAUACACAGUCACUCUGAUACCUGGUGACGGUAUUGGCCCGGAGAUCAGUGAAUCAGUGAAGGAUAUCUACAGCGCGGCGAACGUGCCAAUAAACUGGGAGGAAGUCAGUGUAACACCCAUUCUGAAGGGCGGGAAGACCGUUAUCCCGGACACUGCUAUUAACUCGGUGAAAAAGAACACGGUUGCGUUGAAAGGUCCUCUUGCAACUCCAAUUGGAAAGGGACACGUCUCACUAAACUUGACUCUGCGACGAACAUUUAACCUUUUCGCAAAUGUCCGUCCGUGUGUAUCUAUCAAGGGUUACAAGACGCCGUACGACGAUGUCAAUACCGUGCUGAUCCGUGAGAACACGGAAGGAGAAUACUCUGGCAUUGAGCAUGAGAUUGUGGAUGGCGUCGUCCAGUCCAUCAAGCUCAUCACUUGGGAUGCUUCUGAGCGAGUUGCCCGCUAUGCCUUCCACUAUGCUCGUCAAAACGGGAGAAGCCGCGUCACAGCUGUGCAUAAGGCGAACAUCAUGAAAAUGUCCGAUGGUAUGUUCUUGUCGGCUUGCCGCCAAGUAGCAAGAGACUUCCCCGAAAUCCAGUAUGAUGAGGAUCUUCUGGACCGUGCUUGCCUUCAGAUAACGCAAAAUCCAGCACCAUUUGCAGACCGUGUCAUGGUGAUGCCCAACCUUUACGGUGAUAUCUUAUCCGACAUGUGCGCCGGUCUCAUAGGCGGACUUGGUCUUACGCCGUCGGGUAAUAUUGGACGGGAUGCUUCGAUUUUUGAGGCCGUUCACGGUUCGGCUCCGGACAUUGCAGGCAAAGGCCUCGCCAAUCCUACGGCGCUGCUUCUAUCGUCACUCAUGAUGCUGAGACAUAUGGAGCUGUUUGCGCAUGCCGAGAAGAUUGAGAAGGCGGCUCUUUCGACCAUUGCUGAGGGGAAGGCGAUUACUGGCGAUCUUGGCGGCAAGGCUUCGACGAAGCAAUAUACGGAAGCAAUUAUUAGCAAGCUUCGUGCAUGAACGGCGAUUUUGUCGUGGGCAAAUCGUCCUCGGAUGUGAACUGUAUUGUCGUGACUGGUUACAGGUCGCAAAAAUAGACGGUGGAUUUAUCCCAUAAUACACACUGGACUUUUUUUCUGUAGACUUGCACCGUAGCAUGCCUCACGUAAUUUAGAGCA